GUAACAAAACUACUUUGACUGAUGCUUCAAACGCUCCAAUGCGAAAAAGACGGCCUGCAAAAACUAUUGAAACGGAAGUAGAAAAAAUACGUCUUGACGAGUCUGCUAUCAUAAAAUAUUGUGCGGAUCCCCUAUUUUUUAGAGUCUCUAAAAAAUUUGACCCAAGUAAAAGUUCCGGACUUAUUUUGAAUAAUAUUGGCGUAUUCCACGGAGCAAAAGUUACCUUUAACAGUUUUGUUCCGGAAUAUGUUGUCAAGCGUCCACCUUUGCGUCCAAUCCCUUUCGAAACUUUGGUUCCUACAAGCUUAUUGAAUAAUCUUAAAAUUUGUCAAAGUUUCAGUCACGUGACUCGUUUGGACUUGGAAGGGGCUCCUUCUCAAAAUGAAGCCAAUCCUACAAAUCAAGAAGCUGAUGAUUUUAGCGAUUUUGGGGAACCAAUGGAUUUAUGGAACGAACCGCCCGAAACUGCUUUUGCUAAUGACCCGUUGGAAAACUUUGGUAAAGAAAAUGAAGGACAAGAGGCGUGUGCUCUGCAUGCUAAUACUUUUGAAGGUUCUAUUGUAGGAAACUCAAAGUUUUCUUUAGCACUUUCAACUGACCCGUAUAGUUACUUUGAUCCAAAGAUUUUCAGAGCGUGGUCUGGUCCUGAGCACUGGAAGUACCAUCCAAUCAUAAACAAGAAUACCAACGAAACGAAAAGAAACCCGAAAGAAAGUAAAUUGAUAGACUUUUCUGACUUGUCUAAAUAUACUUUGGACUUCAAAGGGAGCGCCAGCACGAUUCUGAGCCAAUUGACAUUAAACAAACUUUGUGAAGAAAAAAAUACUCUUCCCAAAGAUGAGCAUUACGGCAUUGCAGACUUGUAUCGGUUUUUUUUAAAACCACGCUGGACGAUUAGUAAAAAUUUACGGGGAAUUCCAAACUUGAAAGAGGCUUCUUUUUUAUCCAACGAGGCGACUUCCAUACUAAAUAAUUAUGAAGAGGAUAUGCUUGAUAAUGAUGAUGGCCUGCAGAACGAAACUGAAACGGUGAGAAGACACAUAGAAAAGGUUGAAAUCAAUUAUGCGAAGCAGCCAACUAGAAUGGACGUGACUUUGCUCAAAACAAAUAUACUUAACGCUCUUGAAUCUAAAAUUUCUAAACAUGAAAAGCCCAAAUUUUCAGAAAUAUUUAAAAAAAUACCAAAACAAAUGCCUGAAGAACUCGCUCGAAACGUUUCUGUUCCCAUGUGCUUCGUAUGUUUGCUUCAUUUGGCCAAUGAAAAAGGGUUAUGUAUUGAACAAAAUGACUCCAUGUCGGAUCUAGUUGUGUCUUUUAACGGAGCUUAA